AUGAAUGAACCGCUUAUGAAACUUCGAAAAAGUUUUACAUGUAGAACUUGAUCAUCACCGAUCAGAUUUUUACAAGCAUUACCUGUCAGAUUUAUUUUAACAUUAUCAAAGGUGUGAAGAGACAAAAUAAUAAAGUUUUAAAAUAUUUAUGAGUUAAAUAGAUAAUAACAUUAACUAUCUAAUGAGAAUUGUUAAUAUUUAGCAUUGAAGAGAUCGCGAGAGAACCACUUAAAUAUGUGUAAGAAAACAGAUCUUUAGUCUUCUUUUCGUACUGAACUAUACAGGAACGCGAACUAAGAAACGAGAAAAUAAUUUGCUUACAUGCUAACAUUUGUAUGUAAAAGAUUGGGAAUAAAUAAACUGCGUAAUUAAUAACAUUAUAAGUUAUAACUAGGUAGUGAAUCUGUGACAAUUUAAGAAAAUGCAAGAUUUCAAAAAGCUUAAAAAGCUUUUGUGAAUUGACGUUUCAAUAAUUUAUUAAAUUUCUACUACUCAUAUUACGGUUAUGCAUAAAAUAUAAAAAUACUUCUCCAAGAUGAAGAAAAACAACGAUGCCAUAGUUAUCGAAAAAAGAAUUGGUUGUUAUCGAGCUGGGGUUUUAUUCUCGAUAGCCCUUAUAUGCAUACUUAUAAUAAUAGUUUGUAUUCCGCCACUUUUUUCAAGUUGGGGUGCUCACCAAGAGCUUAACACCUACUUGCUUAUAUUCUUAAUUUUUGUAUUUGUUAUACUCGGCUGUGCAAUCGUAAUGUUCAUAAAUUAUCAGCAUCGACAAGCUUUUAAACAACGUAUGAAGUCAGAGUAUGGAAUUUAUACUCUUCAGAGAGCAAGAUUGAGGAGGGGAGAAAGCGGUGUCAAUUCAAAUGGCACAGAACUACAGAAGUUUGACGUGAACCUCAACGAGAAGCAGACACAAAGUCUUAAAUCUUAAUUGGUACCUGUUAGUUUUUAAAUAUUUUACAUUGAAAUUAUCGAAUAAAUAAAUGUGGAAUAAAAAGCCUUGUAAAUACUAAUACAUGAAUUUGUAUAUAAAUUACUUUUUUUAGGUACAUAAAGAAAAAUAAAUCUUGUAGUCUACAUAUAUACAAUUCAUGAACUCAUAUUAUACACAUAAGUAUUCAACACUUAUUGAUGUUCAUCUUGCAUAUCUUAAUACGUUGCAGUUUAUC